UUUUGACAUUUUGACACUAGAAGGGCUACUCUAAUUUCUAAAAGGAUGGCGAACUCCAACCGUGUUACAGUAAUACAUACUGGAUAUUCUUCUACCACAAUUGAGGAAAAAGACGAAAAUCUUCCUUUCGUCCGUGCAAAUUGCUCAUGCGUAUUGGUUACCGGCAGUAAAAAUAUAAUUGUUGAUACAAUGACACCUUGGGAUACCAAUCUCAUUUUACUAUCUUUAGAGGCGAAUGGGUUAACCCCUGAUGACAUCAACUAUGUCAUAUCUACUCAUGGUCAUUCGGAUCACACUGGCAACAACAAUUUGUUUCUGAAAGCUAAACAUAUAGUUGGCUAUUGCAUUUCUGUUAAAGACAAAUAUUUUUUACAUCCUUUUGAUAAAGGUCUUCCAUUUGAAAUUGAUGAGGGUAUUACAGUAAUACCUACACCUGGACACACAGCAGAUGAUAUCAGUGUUGUUAUUAAAACUGAAGAUAUGGGUACAGUAGUCAUUGCAGGUGAUAUUUUUGAACGGGAAGAAGACAUUGAACAACCUGAGAUAUGGAGAAGUUGCGGGAGUGUAAAUCCUGAACAGCAAGAACAUUCGCGAGCUGUUAUUGCAAAUAUUGCAGAUUACAUUGUCCCAGGCCAUGGUCCAAUUUUUAAAGUCACUGAUGGAAUGAAGAAAAAAUUGUCACAAAAUUUGAGCAGUGAACUUCAUGUCUAUCGCUACUCUCUGGCGCAGAAGUACGUAGAAGUAGGAGUUUAAUUUAUUGGCUCCGGUUCUUCGGGUGGAAAAAAUACGGAAAAGGUAAAUACUCAAAUUCAAAAAAUUUGAAAGAUUCAAAAAUAUUCAAGAUUGAAAGAAUUUAAAACUUGAAUUUGUCCAAACUUCUAAAAAAA